ACCAAUCACAGUUGUGGCGGUCGGCGUCCCGCGGCGUGCAGUUACAUUUCUGGGCUAGUGCGCGUACUUACGGCGUACAGUCGGUGCAGAUUGCAGAGUCCUAACCCCUUCCGAUACUUCACAGCUCCCUGUCCCAGCAAGUCCGUCUAUCUUCCCUCCCCUUGAACUGGGUUGCUGGGUGUCGGUCAUCCACUUUCCGAUAAGCCGCCUCGCCCUCUGGUGAACAUUUCCCGAAUCCCGAGCCUCCGUUUGCAGCGAGAAGGAGUUCAGCAUGUUGUAAUCCCGGCGUGGUUUCAGUUUCCAAGCCUCUGUUUAUGAUGAGAAUGAGUUUGGCAGUCUCUGAGAUAACCUGUGAAGAUCUGGAGAAGAUGAUGGUGGAUGGCAGGGUGCCGAUUAUCGACGUCCGCAGACCUGGUGAGCUGGAAAAUGGGAAGAUUAUUGGAUCCAUCAACAUUGGAGUGGACAAGGUGAAAGAGGCCUUCUCCUUGGAUCCAGAGUCAUUCCAGAAAGAGUUUGGGGCUGAGAAACCGAACCCGCAGUCGACAGUUGUGUUUUACUGUCAGUUGGGGCGCAGAGGGGCCAGUGCAACAUCGAUUGCUCAGGAACUGGGGUACACCAGGGCCCUGAAUUUGAAAGGAGGCUUUCAGCAGUGGACAGGUGAAGACUAAAUGGUCCCUGUGCGGGGUGGAUGAGGAACGCUGGAUGGCAUUAUCUGACCUGGAGCAAGAAACCAACCUCACCCUAAUCCUGAAUCCACCCACCCCACCAAUCCUCACCCCAACAUCCUUGAACUCUGAAGCCCAAACCUCAAUUGACACAUGACCCUGAUCCAACCAGCCAAACCUCCCCCCACCCACCUGACCUGACCUCCAAGAACUGGGAUCCUGAAUUCCAGUCCUUCCCCACUGUAAUCCUCACCCUUCAGCUGAAUGCUGACCAGUGCCUCACCCUAAUCCCCUCUCACCCCUCAACGAUGAGCUCAGGAGGUUGUCCACCCUCUACUUCUCACAAUGGCCCUAGUCUCAGCCUAGUCAAUUGCAAUGGCCUUCAAUCUUCUCCAAAAUCAACUCGAAGGUCAAAGGUGACACCGGCCCAUUCCGGAAGAUCAACUGGCACCAACAUUUCACCAAACCCCCCAAAGCUUCACCCCUGACGCAGACUGGGAGAUCGUUUCGCUGAACACCUACGCUCUGUCGGCCAGAGAAAGCAGGAUCUCCCAGUGGCCACACAUUUUAAUUCCACGUCCUAUUCCCAUUCUGAUAUGUCUAUCCAUGGCCUCCUCUACUGUAAAGAUGAAGCCACACUCAGGUUGGAGGAAAAACACCUUAUAUUCCAUCUGGGUAGCCUCCAAACUGAUGGCAUGAACACUGACUUCUCCAUCUUCCGUUAAUGCCCCACCUCCCCCUCGUACCCCAGCCCUUAUUUAUUUAUAUACACACAUUCUUUCUCUCUGUCUCUUUUUUCUCCCUCUGUCCCUCUGACUAUACCCCUUGCCCAUCCUCUGGGUUUUCCUCCCCUCCCCCUUUCUUUCUCCCUGGACCUCCUGUCCCAUGAUCCUCUCAUAUCCCCUUUGCCAAUCACCUGUCCAGCUCUUGGCUCCAUCCCUCCCCCUCCUGUCUUCUCCUAUCAUUUUGGAUCUCCCCCUCCCCCUCCAACUUUCAAAUCUCUUACUAACUCUUCCUUCAGUUAGUCCUGACGAAGGGUCUCGGCCCGAAACGUUGACUGUACCUCUUCCUAGAGAUGCUGCCUGACCUGCUGUGUUCACCAGCAACUUUGAUGUGUGUCCCCUGAUCCUUAAACCUAGAAUAACCCCUGAACUUUAAUUCCCAAUCCAGAACAGUCCACCCCCCUCCCAACUUUAACUUCUGAACCAGCAUUUAAUCAUGAUUAGCUACAGUCAGUCAACAGGUGAUGCAGACCCUUAUAAUAUCUUCAGGGGUGGGCAGGGUGAGUGUGGGGUGGUCCAGAACCAAGAAUCAGUGUUUCACCACACGGGGUCAUCAGUGUGGGACAAACGAAGAGAAACAUUCUCGCUCAAAGGAUGGACAGUUGCAGGAAAUUUCUCCCUCGCAGAGCAGUAUGAGCAGAGGCUCUGGGUGUUCCUACGACAGAGGGAGACAGAUCGCUGAUGGGGGUGAGGGUUGGUCAUCUACAUGGCAAAGGGCUUCACAUA